AUGCCCACUCCUCGUCAAGUCUACGUCGCCGUCAUUGGCGUCGGCGGUGUUGGAAAAUGCUUCCUGAACCAAUUCCAGGCCCUGAGGACGCGCAUGUCCCAGGCCAGGACUCCCACCUACCUUGACCUCAUCUUUGUCUCCCGUUCGUCCAAGGUUCUCUUCAGCGAGAGCUUCCGCCCUUUGAACCUGGACACAAUCGAAGCCGACCUCAACAACAGCAAGCAACCCAUCCUCGAAGCUUCUGCUCUGGUCGAGUACCUCUCUACCGCUCCCGAGAAGGUCAUCCUCGUCGACAACACCAGCUCGCUCGACAUCGCACGACAAUACCCUGCCUUCCUGCGCAAGGGCAUUAGCAUCGUCACUCCUAACAAGAAGGGCUUCUCUGACAGCUUCGAACUAUGGGAGGACAUGUUCGCUGCUGCCUCCAACGGUACCGGAAACGGUGGCUAUCUCUUCCACGAGAGCACUGUCGGUGCUGGUCUUCCCGUCCUCUCCACCCUGAAAGAGCUUGUCGAGACUGGUGACGAGGUUACAAAGAUUGAGGGUGUCUUCUCUGGCACAAUGAGCUUCUUGUUCAACAGCUUCAUGCCCGUUGGUGGUGGUGGUGGCUCAUUCGCCGCCGAGGUCAAAAAGGCAAAGGAUCUAGGAUACACCGAGCCUGACCCAAGAGAUGACUUGAACGGUCUUGAUGUUGCUCGCAAGUUGACUAUUCUCGCUCGUCUUGCCGGACUCAAGAUCCAGAACCCCACCAGCUUCCCUGUCCAAAGCUUGAUCCCCAAGGAGCUGGAAUCGUGCACCAGCGGCGACGACUUCAUGGCUCGCUUGCCCGAGUUUGACGACCAGAUGGAGAGGCUGAAGCAAGAGGCUGCCAGCGAGGGCAAGGUUGUCCGUUUUGUGGGCAGCAUUGAUGUUGCUAGCCAGAACGUCAAGGUCGGUCUUGAAAAGUUCGACGCAAGCCACCCUAUUGCCGCUCUCAAGGGCAGCGACAACAUCAUCAACUUCUACACCAAGAGAUACGGAUCCAACCCCCUCAUCAUCCAAGGCGCUGGCGCUGGUGGUGAAGUGACUGCUAUGGGUGUUACUGGUGAUGUCCUCAAAGUCCUGCGUUCGCUCAACUGA